ACCUUAAAGGGCACAAACGGACUCACACAGGGGAGAAACCAUAUAAAUGUAUGGCGUGCGGAAAGAGCUUCAGUCAGAGUGGACACCUUAAAGAGCACAAACGGACUCACACAGGGGAGAAACCAUAUAACUGUAUGGAGUGCGGAAAGAGCUUCAGUAAGAAUGGAGACCUUAGAAUACACCAACGGACUCACACAGGGGAGAAACCAUGUAAAUGUAUGGCGUGCGGAAAGAGCUUCCGUCAGAGUGGACACUUCAAUAUUCAUCUACAAACUCACACAGGGGAGAAACCAUUUAAAUGUAUGGAGUGCGGAAAGAGCUUCAGUAAGAAUGGAGACCUUAGAAUACACCAACGGACUCACACAGGGGAGAAACCAUUUAAAUGUAUGGAGUGCGGAAAGAGCUUCAGUCAGAGUGGCCACCUCAAUAUUCAUCUACAAACUCACACAGGGGAGAAGCCACAUAAAUGUAUGGAGUGCGGAAAGAGCUUUAGUGAUAAUGGAUACCUUAAAUUACACCAGCGGAUUCACACAGGGGAAAAACCAUAUAAAUGUAUGGAGUGCGGAAAGAGCUUUAGUGAUAAUAGAAAGCUUAGAAGACAUCAACGGACUCACACAGGGGAAAAACCAUUUAAAUGUAUGGAGUGCGGAAAGAGCUUCAGUAACAAUGGAGACCUUAGAAGACAUCAACGGAUUCACACGGGUGAAAAACCUUUUGAAUGCAUGGAGUGCGGAAAGAGCUUUAGUGAGAAUGGAAAACUUAAAACACAUCAACGGACUCACACAGGGGAGAAACCAUUUAAAUGUAUGGAGUGCGGAAAGAGCUUCAGUCACAAUGUAUCCCUUAGACAUCAUCAACGGACUCACACAGGGGAGAAACCAUAUAUAUGUAUGGAGUGCGGAAAGAGCUUCAGUAAGAAUGGAGUCCUUAGAACACAUCAACGGACUCACACAGGGGAGAAACCAUAUAAAUGUAUGGAGUGUGGAAAGAGCUUUAGUGAUAAAGGAAAACUUAGAACACAUCAAUGGACUCACACGGGUGAAAAACCUUUUAAAUGCAUGGAGUGUGGAAAGAGCUUUAAUUUCAAUUCAUCCCUUAGAACACACCAACGGACUCACACAGGGGAGAAACCAUUUAAAUGUAUGGAGUGCGGAAGGAGCUUCAGUCAGAGUGGAAACCUCAGUAUUCAUCUACAGACUCACACAGUGGAGAAACCAUAUAAAUGUAUGGAGUGCGGAAAGAGCUUUAGUGAUAACGGAUACCUUAAGUUACACCAGUGGAUUCACACAGGGGGAAAACCAUUUAAAUGUACGCAGUGCGGAAAGAGCUUUAGUUUCAAUUCAAAACUUAGAUUACAUCAACGGACUCACACAGGGGAGAAACCAUUUAAAUGUAUGGAGUGUGGAAAGCACUUCAGUCAGAAGGUAUGCCUCAAUAUGCAUCAACGGACUCACACAGGGGAGAAAGCAUAUAAAUGUAUGGAGUGCGGAAAGAGCUUCAGUCACAAUGUAUCCCUUAGAUGUCAUGAACGGACUCACACGGGUGAAAAACCAUAUAAAUGUAUGGAGUGUGGAAAGAUCUUCAGUCAGAGUGGACACCUCAGUAGUCAUCUACAGACUCACACAGGGGAGAAACCAUAUAAAUGUAUGGAGUGUGGAAAGAGCUUUCUUCAUAAUGGAAACCUUAGAAGACAUCAACGGACGCACACAGGGGAGCAACCAUUUGAAUGCCUGGAGUGUGGAAAGAGCUUCAGUCAAAGUGGAAAUCUUAGAAAACAUCAGCAGACACACAUGGGAAAAGCCAUUUCAAUCUAUGGCGUGUGGAAGGAGCUUCAGUCAGAGUGGAAGCCUUAAUUUACGUGAACAAACUCACCCAAGAGUCAAACCAUAUAAAUGUCAGGAAAGGCGAUAAAGGUUCAGUCCUCGUGGAAGUCCUAUAUCAACAGACUCAUGGACAGGAAGAACUUUAAGAGUUGAAACCCUACAAACCAUCAACAAACUCAAAGCCGAGAAGCAGUUUAAAUGGAAGGAUUACAGAAAGUGCUUUUGUUAUAAUGGAGUGUUUAAGAAACAUCACAAGAGUCUCAGAUGGGAGAAACCAUUUAGAUGUAUGGAGUGUGGGACAUGUUCCUCUCAGAGUCCCCUCUUCUUCACAGCAAUGAACUCAGAGGAAAUCCGGCUUCCGGCUUCAGGGCCCAGCUGAGUGUUGUCAUUCUCUUGAACUGGGUAACUCCUGUCUAAUCUUCACUGU